AUGUCUGAGCAAGACAUUCACCAAAAUAAAUACAGUGAUUUGCGAAGUAUCUAUAAAUACUACAUUGAUGCUUAUAUUGCAUUGUAUCAGCUGAAAACUGAAAAUGAAAAUGAAUUAAACUCGAUUUACAAAAUGAUCAAGACAGAUUUGAUUGAUUCCAAAAGACGUCCUCCUCAAAAUAUUAUAAAAGACAUUUUUGAUAUUAUUCCAUAUAAUAAUCGCUAUACAAAGUCAUAUUUAUUUCUUGCCAAACUAAUAUCUGAUGAUUAUAAUGUCAAAGAAGUCUACAAUGUUGAAUUUAUUUCUAAUGUCAUGUUUUAUAAAGAAUAUGGAAUUAAAUUAGGCAAACCUGCCAAUUUUAAAGAAGAUAAUUCAGAAAAUCUCGAUAUUCUUACAGAAGAUACAAUUUAUAGGGCAAUUUUGUAUAAUUACAUAGAAAAAUUCAUCUCAUUCACAGAACGAGAAGGAUUUGAUAAAAAUCAAAGACUUAAAAGUAAUAUUACAAAGGAUAUUCAUUACUUGAAUUAUGUUGCUACCAUGGAGCAGUUGAUUGUUUCAAGUUUUUAA